AUGGCAUGGAUUGAUCAGCAAGCAUCGUUGGAUCUUGUCUUGAUACAGGAAACACACUGGAAAUCCACCAACGACUUCUUCACAGGAAAAUGGUUAGCACUACAUUCAGCCGGUAGUACUGACCCCGCAGCACACUCCAGGUACAGCGGUAUCCUGGUCCUUCUCAGCAAGUCUAAAUUUCAGGAUCCAGGCAUUAUUGAAUUAAUACCUGGCAGGCUUGUUCAGAUCAAAGCUGUGCUUCGCGACACAAAGCUUCCUGUGGCCAUUUAUGGAGUCUACCAGCAUGUGUGGCGGAGUCAGUUGACCACCACAGUCAACAACUCCUUGAGAAAAGCAACGUGGGCCCUGCUAGAUGAAUCCUUGACAAAGCUGCCCCAGCGCAGUGAGGUUAUCAUAGGUGGGGACUUUAAUGCUAGUCUCGUGCCCCAGACCCAGGUUAUAGGUCCUGCCAUCAUAACCAACACCAAUUCCCAUGAUAAUGAAUUGCAGGAAGUGCUCGCCAAGCACGCUCUAGUAGUGUUGAAUACCUGGCAUUGUGCUACACCGGCAACAUAUCAUGGGCCGACCGGGGAAUCACACAUUGACUUCCUGGUGACCAGGCGACGCAUGUCUGGCAGCAAAGCCAAAUGGGCGCGGCCGCUCCCGGCCUUUCCAGUCGGCUCUGGCAGGCUGGCCGGGCACUAUCCAAUCCACGCCGUUCUGCAUACUAGGCCCUUCUUUGAUCAUAAGCAGCCAUCAUCCCAGCAGGCUAGGAUCAACAAGGUGGCAUUGCAAGAGGCGGUAAGGAACAACAGUGCGCAGGCUCAUGCAAUGCGGGAGCAUGUGACCAGUAGGCUGUCAGAAGUGCCAGUGCACUCCCUGCUGCAAACGCAACGGGUGCUGAACACCAUCCUACUUCAGGCGGCGGAAGCCGCCUUCCCUGCGGCGCUGCCGGAGGAUAACCGCAUCAGCACAGAUCCCAGAUUCAGAGUCUCAGCCAGUCAUACAUGGCGGUUGUAUCGCUUAGCCAAGAAGCCUGCGGUGUGCACCUUACAGAGCAUAUGGGCAAAGUGGCGCCUUCUUUCGCAGUUCGCAAGCGCCUCUAGGCAGCUACGUCAACAGAGCAAACAGCUCAAGCAAGAAUUCUUUCACAAUCUGAUCGACACUGCUGAAAUGGCUGCCGCCAAGGGAGAUCAGCGCACAUUGCAUAACAUAGUCAGAAGACUCACACCGAAAAAUCAGCAAAAAGCUUCCAGAAUGCAGGGUGCCUCGGGACAGCUCCUCACAUCGGAAGCACAGCUGCAGGCCAUCGUGGACUACAGCAAUGCUACCUUUGCUGCCCAACCGGCGGAGGACCCGCCGACUGUGCUGCCAAGCAGCCUCCCAGUAGCGGAUAAUCAGGUUCAGCGUGAGCUUUCCAGUUUAGGCAUCAGCAAAGCGGUAUUAGCUGGUGUUCUCCGUGAUACCCUGCUUCAAAAGCUGCAGCCGGUGCUUCGUACAUUGCCGCAAUUUGCCUACACAAAGUCCAGGGGCACUGCAGAUGCACUGGCCCGUGCGCAUGGGCAUUUCCGCCAGGUUGCGCUCAUCUAUCAGUCACUUCGCCGGCACGGUGUCGAUGAAGCCACGAUUCAAGUGAUUCAGCGUCUUCAUUUUGAGGAUAAAAGGGAUCUUGCUUGGAUUCAAAACAUCCUCACUAUGUUUGCAGACGACUCUUGGGGUGCUUGGCUUGUUCAAAAUCAGCAAGACUUUGUGAAAGCUAGGCGGGAUCUUGAGCUCAUUCUGGAAACUCUUGAGACCUUGAAGAUGAACAUCAAUUACCAAAAAACGGCCGUUCUCUUGCACCUGGUUGGCAAGGACGCUGCCACGAUCCAGCGUAAAGCCACCUACCGCAAGGCCGGGGCCCUUUACCUCAAAGUGGUUGUACACGGGCGUGAGUGUGGUAUUCCGAUCAAGGAGGAACAUGAGUCACCGUGCGAUGCCAUGCAGAUCCCUGCACCUGUGGCGGAGCCACCUACUGCACAGGAUGCGGCGUUUGAAGGAGAAAACGUGGAGAUGUACGGGGAGGAGGAACUGGACCAGGAGCUCGAUGCCAACACCCGCCACAAGCCCUGCUGCAGCCACGAGCCCAGAAGAGGCAGCGACCGGAACAGCCCUCACUCUGGUCAGCUUCAGGGCACCGACCCUCUGCGCUUGAUGAGCCGCAUUAUCUUGCAGCAAGAGGGCACGGGCACGGACGCGACACCGCCGGCGACGCCGCUCAGGACUCUCUUGAUGCAAUCAAUGUUGCAAGAACUUCAGAAGAGGAUGCAACGGGAGAUUGCAACGGAGGCCACCAAGGCGGCGCUGCUCCAGAAAGGGUGGAUCGACAAAGACGGGAACUGGGUCUACCUACGGUGGGACCGCUCCACCAAGCAAUUGAUCCAGGAUCCAGGGAGGUCUCCACUCCAGCACUCAGAGGCCAUCCGGCUGCUGAGCUGGAUGAUGAAAGAACUCCACGGCGACAUAAUCCAGCGAUUCAGCUCGACACCAGGACUGCAGAAGGUGGAAACAAUGGUGGUUCCAGCAUCCACAUUUCAUCUGGAGGUGGCUCUUCGGGGCCAAACCUCUCUCGAAAUGUACGAGGCUUUCUCAACCUUUUCCGCCAGCGCGGCCACGCAUCUGAUCGGAGUGUCCAUCAAGAAGGACAACCUACAUCAGUCCAAGCUGGCCAAGCAGCUAGCCGACAUCACGUAUCCGCGACGCCGCUGA